AUGGAAGAUCACGACGUCCAGCUUAGAAUUCAAAGCCUGAAAUUGAAGCGAAUCAAUGAACUCAAUCGCAAGCUGAAAGAAGAGCUGGCAAGAGAAAGAAUCACGGCUUCCAACGCAUGCCUGUCAAUUAUAGACUACGCAACGUCCCACAAGGACUACGCCAUCCCUGAAAUCUGGGGGUACCCAAUGGCAGGCUCGAACCCCCACCGAACCAAUGUUUCUAACUUACAUAGACGUGCGCAUCGCGAACCAGGCUCCACUGACAGUACCUGCUGUACACUGAUGUAG